UGAGUGCCAAGUUAUUGCAAGACCAAACAACGCAAAUCCCGUCCAACACUUAAGGAAAACACAGCAGCUUGGAAAGAAGCAGCCAAGCAGCCCGACAGAUGAGACAGCUGACGUUCGUGUGGGUGGUGAUUUCGUCCCAGAUCACGGCCUACUGAAAGUCGUAGAAAGUGAAACGAGCAGGCUAGCCACCCUUUUCUCCUUGGAAAAAUCCAUCUUCGGGGUAAAGCUCAUCCCAAAACCAUAAAAGUUGGUUCCGUCUGACAUUUCAACAACUUGACAUCAUGGGUGGAGGUGACCUGAACUUAAAGAAAUCAUGGCACCCAAACACCAUGAAAAAUAUGGAGCGGGUAUGGAAGGCGGAACAAAAAGACAACGAAGAGAAGAAGCGCAUAGCAGAACUUCAGAGAGAAAUACAUGCAGAGCGGGACAAAGAAGAUAUGCAGAAAUUCGCUGAAGACACGGGAGUUGUAAAGAAAAAAGAUGAUGUCAAACUUGAGUGGAUGUACAAAGGCCCCAGUCACAGCGUUAACCAUGAGGACUACCUGCUUGGAAAGGCGAUUGAUAAGAACUUUGAGAGGCACCAACAAGAACAGCAGAGGGGUGGAGCGUCUACCUCACAAGAUGAAGAACGAGUUCCUGAUGCCAUACGACAGGCUAAGAGCAGUGUUUUUAGUGAGCAGGUGGAUGUAGCUCGAAAAAUGAAUGAAGAUCCCCUUAUGGCAAUAAGACAAAGGGCGGUUGAGAAAGCCAAACAACUGUAUGAUAACCCAGUGAGGUUGAAACAGUUGCAAAAAAUGAUUGCAUCUAAGUCAUUGAUGGAAAAAAAGCACAAGAAGGAUAAAAAGAAGAAAAAGAAAAAGAGCAAGAAGUCAAGUAAAAAGGAGGAGGACAAGGAAUUGAAUGCUCUUUUAACAGAAAAGCUGAAAAGUGCCCUUCAAGAUCGAGAACUUCUUCGCAAGUUAAAGGAGAAGGCCAGCAAAAGUAGUGAUAGCAGCAGCAGUGACAACAGCAGUAGUGAAAGUGACGAUGAAACUGCAGACCGCAAGAGGAGAAAGUCUCCUGUUGAUGUUGUUCCCAAAAGAUCACAUUCUCCAAAGUAUUCGAAAGAUAACCGAAGAAAUGACCACUCCUCCAGCUACAAUGUUCACAGAGAUGGUAGAAGACAAUCUCGAAGUCCCAAAUCACACAAAUCUAGAAAUUUUAAUGAUAAUUCUAGUGCAUCUAGAAGGAGGAGCAGAUCUAGGAGCAGAGAUGGAGAAUAUGAAAGGCAUUCUGGUACGUCUAAGAGGAGAAAUAGCCGGUCAAGAAGCAGAGACAGACAAAACUCUCACAAUCAAAGGGAGCAGAGUAAGUAUUCUGACAUGAAAUCUGGUAGAAAUACCAGGAGAAGCAAUAGCCCCCAGACAACUAAUGCAAGGAAACACUUUCCUGAAAAAAAGAAAAAUAAAGACCGGUCACCAUCCAGUGAAAAUGAUACUAGAAGGAAGAAUGUCAAAGGCAGGAGAAGCUCAAGCUCAAGCUCUAGUUCAGCUAGUGACCAUCAAAAUGAUUCUGAUGAUGACCAUAAAUCUAAAAAGAGAAGGACGUUUGGAUUGGUUAUGGCAGAUGGUUCAAGACCUGUUCCAAAAUCAAAUCCUCAUAGGGAAGUUCAGCCAGCUGUGCAGCCGCAGAAGCCGAACCCUCCCACUUGGCAACGCAAGGAAAGAGUGAAACUGUCAGAGGAGGAAAAGGAGAGGAGACGUCAAGAAAUGCUUCAAAAUGCAUCUUGGCGGGAUAAAGAACGCGAAGCAAAUGUCAAGCGGUAUAGAAAAGAAGAUGACAGAGAAAAGAAGGAGCUUCACGAGAAUUUUGAUGAGGACUUUGCCAGGAAACAAUUCUCCAAAGCCGCAAAUCAGGCAUCUGUUGAGGGUAGAAUAAAGUCAAAGCUGAAUACCAUUCAACGAUCCAAGAUGUCCAUGGACCAGAACUUUGCUCGGCGGUGAAUCAGUAACCUAUUUCAAUUGGUGAUAAUGUGAGUAGGUGGAAUAGCAAUUGUUAACUUAAUCAGUUGUUGAACCAAAUUUUUCUGUUUUUCUGCAUUUUUUUAAAUCUUAAUAUUAGAGUUUUAUAUUUUUUACAACAAAGAGAUCACUAUAAAUAAUUAACAUUUGUGUCUAAGUUUAGAUUUAGCUGUCUACAUCAUUCAUUUUCAUUUAGCAUUGUUUCGCUCCUUUGCAAGCUCUUCUUCAAUUGCUUUCUGAAUUUUGACCACAUCUAUCUGUACCUGAAAUUAAAGAUUGAAAGUAAUAAAAUAUCACAAUAGAAACAAGCGAG